UACAGAAGCACGGCAGCGGAAGAGUUACUUCAAAGCAAUGUUUUCUGUUCCUUUUGUCUUCAGAUUUCCAUAUUUUCAGGCUUUCCAGUUGUACGCUGCCUCAUUUACGACAAAGCAUCACACCUUAUCUUGUGGCUGUAUCGUGCUUAUAAUGUUUCAGUUGUUCGCAUGGAGACGAGCUGGAUGGAUGUACUUCGAAGACUCCUCAUUUCGUCUUUCUCUCUAUGAGCGAAGAAACUAUGAAAAAAGAGUGUUUAACUGCCUGUGGAGAGCACACGAUCUGUCCUAAACGGUUUUGAAAUGAAGAAGGACAUUGACGCAUUAAUAGCUGAAGAACGGGCUGAAAUCAUUUCAAAAUAUGACAAGGGCAGAGCAGAGGGCGUGCACAUCAACCCCUGGGAGGAUGCCAACUACAGCGUCUACAAGGUCAUGGACCGCUUUGGCUUCCUGCAUGAGGAGGAAUUGCCCACACCAAGUGCAGAAGAGGAAAAGUAUAAAUUUCAGGAAAUUGAAAGGGUGCAGAAAUGGCUCAAGAUGGUGAAAAGUUGGGAGAAGUACCAUAACAGCGAAAAGAUGACCAAGCGUGUGUAUAAGGGGAUUCCCCUGCAGCUGCGGGGUGAGGCGUGGGCUCUGUUGCUGGAUGUCAGGAAGAUGAAGGAGGAGAAUAUGGGGAAGUAUGAGAAAAUGAAGGAACAAGCAAGGAUCUUCUCAACAGAAAUUAAACAAAUAGACCUCGAUGUCAACAGGACGUUCAGAAAUCACGUAAUGUUCAUGGACAGAUUUGGAGUCAAACAGAAAGACCUGUUUAAUGUGCUGGCAGCCUACUCUGUCUACAACACGGAGGUGAGCUACUGCCAGGGAAUGAGCCAGAUCGCAGCCAUUCUGCUCAUGUACUUGAAUGAGGAGGAGGCAUUCUGGGCCCUGGCUCAGCUGCUCACCAGUCAAAAGCACGCUAUGCAUGGAUUCUUCAUCCCUGGCUUUCCCAAACUGCAGCGCUUCCAAGCUCACCAUGACCAGAUACUGGCCAAACUCCUGCCAAGACUCAAGAGGCACUUGGAUAAGGAACAGAUGACCACUGGUAUAUACACAACUAAAUGGUUCUUGCAGUGUUUUAUUGACCGGACCCCCUUCACGCUGACCCUGCGUCUGUGGGACAUAUACAUCCUGGAGGGUGAAAAGGUUCUCACCGCUAUGGCCUACACUGUCCUUAAAAUCCACAAAAAGCGCCUGCUGAAGAUGUCUUUGGAGGACCUGCGCGAGUUCCUGCAGGAGCGCAUCUCCUCCUCCUUGUGCGUGAGCGACGACACCGUGAUAGAGCAGCUGCAAGGUGCCAUGUUGGAGCUGCGCAAAAUGAAGCUGGAUCUCCCCCCCGCACCAAAAGGCGAUGAGCUCCCAAAGAAGCCUCUCGGCGAAGAGCAGCCGGUUCUCCUGUUCCCCAUGGGCCAUGAGCAGGUUGCACUUCCUCAGGCAGCCAAGGACAGUCCCCAGAAGCCACCCUGCCCCCAGAAAUCACUCCUUUCUCUGCCUUCUAGCAGACCUGCGCUACUGCACAGACAUGUACAGGACCCGCUACCCCACAUUUCAUAUUCCCAAGCUAAGGCUGAAGACUUCCAAAAGGCUGGUGAUGAUGAAAGGCUGGAAUUCUCCUCUGCGAAUGAACAUCUCGCGCCAGAGGUCGCCGACCACAGACCCCCAUCGGGCGAGUAUGACUCAGAUGGAUAUACGGGCGAGUGGCCCCCUCCGUACCAGCCCUCUGAGACGGACAUGGCCAGCGUUCACUCCCUGAACCUGCCUGACCUGCCCCCGCCACCUCUGCCCUGCCUGGACCCAGAGCUGGCGGUCGAACUGCUGCCUGUGGGGGACCCACUUCCACCCGCCCCGACUCAGCUGGAUUUCCUCCAGGAGGACACAUCACACUCACCGUCCAUGUACAGGGCCCAGCGGCAGAUCGGCAAGUUGCCCGUCGGCCUUUAUGUGCCGCCGCCCACCAGCGACCGCCGGCCCUCCAACACUUCCUAUUACGAUAACCUGUCUGAGGAGGAGGAGCAGUCCGUGGAGAAGGUGACGGAAACGGCCUCCCUUCUGCUGGCGAGCCCUGAGUCAGGCCGGGAGAUCAUCUGCCUUCCCCCUCUUCCCGAGGAUGGAGAGGCUCACCACUGGCCGCCCCCACCGAGGUUCUUCUACAUUCCCCACUCAGCCCUGCCGACUCCGCCAAAGCCCUGCCUUUCCCUGGUGUCCGCAUUGCCUCAGGAGCUGGACUACCACGGCCCAGACAGCUGGGUGACGUCAGACUGCAUUUUCCCCAAGCCCCCGCCGGACUUUGCGGACCUGCCUCCUCCUACCCCCUCCCCCCUACUUUCCUCCACUCAGGCCACAUAGAACCAAAGAGACACUCACAGGAACGAACUGCAACGACCUAAAAUCCCAGUAAAGCCAGGAACGUGGUCCUCUGUAGCCCUUCAGGGCGGCAUGCAGAGACCAGCAUGAUUUUAACUGGAUGCACAGCUUUUAACCCUGACCUUCUAACACAGGAAACAUUGCAGUCUUUUGUGCAACUGCAAUAAAAAAAAUUAUUUUUUAAAAAGCCACACAAAAAAAGGCAUGUUCCACCUUCAUGAUGUUUGGAGUUUUCUAUAGGUCAAGCUACUGUUCCAUUUUUUCUUAAUUUGGUGUUGGACCUCUGGUAUAGAAGUUGUGGUUUUUUUAAACUUUUAGCUGUUGUCUGUUACUGUUAGACAUUUUUUGCCUAAUAUAGCACGUUUUUUGUUUGCCUUUUUAAGGGUGCUUUGCUUUUAUGUGUAUUUCUGUGUAUACAGUCACUCAGGAAGAGCACUUAUUGGUGUGCUUGGAUUUGUUUGGCUGGUUUUGUACCUUUUUAAGGUAUUGGUUUAUAUAGCUAUGAAUAUGACUGACUUAAUAUUUAUGGACUCCAAAUCUGAUUGCAAAUGAGGCCAACACAUGUUUUAAAGUAUUUUGAUAAUGGACAAUAGGCAUGUAAUUGAGCUUACUUAUACAUAGGCAUGUUUCACAGAUGUGCCAUGCACAACACACCAGGUUGCAAUAUUUGGCAAUAUUUUCUCUUUUGAAUAUGUAAGGUGUAAACUACUUAGUUUAAGCAGAAUUGCAUUCUUACAAAAGAAACAUGUAACACGUAAAUCAUACCUGACUUAAAAAAAGAAAUUAGCAUGUAUAUAAUUUGUGCAUUUUUUGUAUCAUAAAGGAGCUUAUAGCAGGUGAGGAACUGGCAUCUAGACUUGGACCUUUCAAGCUAAUCUUGUGUUGUGGUGGUAUUUCUGUUUUGCUGAGGGGUAGAACAGGAAGAGAACAAGGCAAUCCUUUCAUUUGUAAGAGGGUGAGGUGAAGGUGGAGUGAGAGAACUUCCCAGCAAGGGAUGGUAGCACCACCCUGUGGAAAAUGUGUUCUAUUACACACACACUUUGCCUGUAAUUGUCUCUUUAAAUGGACCUUAUACAGGCUGUGAGGUAAAUGUUUAUAGAAAAAUGCAAUCCAAGGUCAUAAUUUCUUUUGCACUUUGUAUUAUUUCCAAUAUUUAAAAACUUUCAGUUUUUGUUCCUCAGGUAUACCAGUUUGCUUUCGAAGCAGUUUGAUACCAAACCAAAAAUGGCCUUUUUCCUUUGUGAUAAAUUCUGUGCAUAUACUAAGAUUACAAAAAGCCAACAAAGAAACCUUGUCUGUUUGGGGGGGUUUUUUGGUCUUCUGUAUGCUUGUACCCACCGUAUUUAUUUACUGAGGCACUGGUGUAUUAAUAAGAGCAUGUGAUGUCAAGCAGUUUUGAAGUACAUGAAGGCAUGUCAAGACAUUUUGUAUCAUUUGUUAAUGAAGUGUACAGACAGUAUUGGCCAGAGUAUAUAAUCAGCCCUUCAAAAUAGUCUUUAUAUUGAAUGGGUGAAGGAUAAAUAAGUAAUGUAACUGAAUAGAUAUUGCCAUUCAAAAUACUUUAUAGUAACAAAAUACAUGUAAAGUAUGUAAAUAAUUAGUGACUUCAUUAGAACAAAGUGCUUUGGUACAAUUAAAUCACAGUAACAUGAGCCAAAAACUUGCUCUUGGCCUUUAACUUCACAAUUUUUUGCUUCUAUAAACAACCAGUCACCCUAUUACCAGUAAGAUUAAACUUCCAUUGUGUAUGCAAAUGCUACAUUACAGUUCAAAUAUAUAAGACCUUAACUGGAAUUAAAUGGAGCAACAACUUUGUUUGCACACAGCUCUCUCUGGGGCCCCUCUUCCAGCUGCUUCUGGUGAAACCUCUCCCUUCACACU